GCACUUUCGAGAGUGCGGACAAGAAGCGCCUGGCGCAGCUGCAGCGUGCGAAGGCGCACAAGACGUGCAUCCUGCGGAUUGUCUGCCCUGACAAGUCGGUGUUGCAGGUCCAGUUCCGGGCUGCUGAGACUGGCAGCAAGGUCGUAGAGUCUCUUCGGCCGCUACUGGCGCCCUCUGUGCAGGGUUUGCCUUGGUACGUCUACCGGUCGCCUCCUAUGGAGCGGCUGGCCCCAAAGGUCACGCUUGCUGCUGCUGGCUUGGCACCCGGCGCCGUGAUGUAUCUCGGCUUUGACGACGCGAAGCCACCGCCACCCUACCUUGCGCCAGAUCUUGUCGAACAGCUGGGACCUUGCCGACCCGAGGAGACGGGCGUCACAGCACCGGCGAGUUUUACAGGUGAGGCCAUGGGCUGGGGAGCAGGGCAUCGGCUCGGCGCAGCGCCGGCGCCGAAGGCAGCCACUGCUCCGUCCGAAGCGGCGCCAGCGGGCGAAAGCACAGCGCCACCUGCAGAUGUCAAGGAAGGCUGA